AUGACGGGUGCUGUCGAUGAAGCAGAAGGUAUAUUCAACAAUGCUAUUGCCAGAGAUGAACGUGUGGACAGCCGUAUUGGCCGUGGUAACAGGAUUUCUCUAUCUUUGGUACGUUGGUACAACAAACGGAAGAUUCGUGAACUGGAGGAAGGCGGUAUACAAAUGAUACCAUCGCUUCCAAUCAUCGGGAGCAUCCACAAGCUUUUCCGCAAAGGCCUGAUACAAACAGAAACAGCUUGGUUGGAGCAUUAUGGUAAUGUGGUGGGGUGGUACAACGGUUUCAUCUUAAACGUUGUAAUUAGAGACAGGACCAUGAUCAGCGAAGUACUUGUGAAAAAGUUCAACAUUUUCACUAACAGAUGGGUACCCGACAUUUUCCCUGAUCCCUUAAAUAAAGGGGUUAGUUUUCUACAUGACGAAGAAUGGAAAAGGGUUCGAUCGCUAUUGAUGCCUGUGUUCCAUACACCAAAGAUCCGAAAGAUGACAGCAAGUGUUAACAAAUGCGCAGCGUCUGUCACAUUUGAGUUCGAGAAGGCUGCAACCGCUGACAGCACCAUCACCCCAAAAUCACUCUUUCUUACGUAUGCCCUUAAUGUUAUUUCUACCUGUGGAUUCGGUUUAGAUUUGGACAACGACGAUAAGAAAAAAGGAAUAUUUUAUGACAAUUUGCAACAUCUGUUCUGCAACAAAUUUAAUCUGUCUCUAAUUCUUGCAGUAAUAAUUCCGUAUGGCGACAAAAUCCUGAAAAUGUGUGAUGUCAGCCCGUUUCCAACGAAAGCCGUUCAAUUCAUUGCUGAUGAAACAACGCAAAUGAUUGACAAGCGACGUAAAGAUCCUAAACUGCGGAAAGAUGAUUUAUUGCAAAUGCUAUCUGAUCUCAGUUGGGAAGAGCACGGAAACAAAACAAAAUUAUCUACGGAAGAGGUUAAUGCCCAAUCAUUUGCUUUCCUUAUUGGUGCAUACGAAACUACGGGAUCAUGUCUCCAGUAUAUCGCAUACGAACUGGCACUGAACCAACACGUGCAGAACAAACUGAAGAAUGAAAUUAAAGACGUUGUUGGACAGGCUGAGCCGAACUAUAACCACCUACAGGACUUAAAGUACACGGGCUACGUCAUCAACGAGGCUUUGAGAAAGUACCCCACCCUCGGAAGAUUGAGCAGACAUUGCAGCAAGUCAACAACCAUACAGGGAGUAAAAAUUCCAAAAGGGGCCGCAGUUGUAAUCCCUAUUUAUCAUAUACACCAUAACCCAAGCAUUUACCCUGACCCUGAGGAUUUCCGUCCAGAAAGAUUUAGUCCGGAAAGUGGCCACAAGGUGGAUCCGAUGUUGUUUUUACCAUUUGGAGGCGGUCCACGUAUGUGUAUUGGUAGACGAUUUGCCAUCAUGGAAAUGAAGCUAGUUCUUGUUCACUUGAUGCGAAAAAUUCGUUUCGUCUCUUGCAAAGAGACAGAGCCCAGUCCACCGCAGUUUCUGAAGAGCACGCCGAUGCCCCACACAGUCAAUCCUAUAAAGAUAAAGGUUAUAUUUGACCAGUUUUGA